UACUCAGUAAUGGAGCAAAACAACAACAAUGUAGAAGAUUUCUCCUUGAAUGUCUUUUCUGUCACUCCUUGUCAGCCAAACAGAUCUGAUGCCCUGGUGUCAGAUGGGGAUAAAGCUGGCACCACUCUGCUCUUUUCAGGUGUGUUUUUGGGACUCGUGGGGAUCACUUUCACUGUGAUGGGAUGGAUAAAAUAUGAUGGCAUUACUCACCUGGAGUGGACUCAGUUACUAGGGCCUAUUCUCCUGUCUGUUGGAGUGACUUUUAUUCUGAUUGCUGUUUGUAAAUUUAACAUGCUUACGUGCAAGCCCUGUAAAGAAGGAGAGGAAAAUACAUCGGAACUUGACCAGACUGCAAGCGGACAGUCCUUUGUCUUCACUGGGAUUAACCAGCCUAUAACUUUCCAUGGUGCCACAGUGGUACAGUACAUUCCCCCACCCUACCCGUCCCAGGAAGGUGCUGCUGUGAGUCCUGGCUACCUUCACCCAGUGCUCAGCUGCUGCAGUGCUGGUCCCCCCAGCCCCUCGCCAGUUCUCACCAUGGGUUCUCCUCACUGCUGCCCUGCCUACACCCUGGAUAACCUGGCUUUUACUGGAGAUGAGAGCUACACUACUUAUCCUGCAGAGAAUUCCAGGAAUCAGAGGUCAGAAGACAGUUCUGAUGAACCAUCAGGACGGCUGGAAGACUUUGCCUGUAAUAACUUGUCACCUCCACGUUAUGAGGAAAUAUACCCUUUGUCUUCAUAAAAUCAUCGAGGACAAGGGACAACAAUCCUAAGAGAUGCCAGCAAGAAUCAAAAAAAAUAUUUUCUUUAAACACUUGUGUGAUAAGACGGUGUGAGGAAGAUCUUGGUAUUUAUACACAGUUCAUUAUCACUGAAGAUAUUUAACUGAUCCCUUCCUUUUUCUCUGUCAAAAUUCAUUAGCCCUUUGUAAUGCAGCUUAAUAGCACAGCUAUUAAUUAUUUAGUAGCAAAACUACUCAUAGCAAAGCUAUUAAACUCAAGGAUCUAAAUCCAUAUUAGGAUUCUCCAAUAAGAAGCUUGAUUUUCAGACCUGCUGAAAAUAGUGGGAACUGUGAAUGCACAAGAUGUUUGUGGAAGAUCAUGGUUGCUCCUGGACAUUCAGGAUCUUUAGAAAAUACUUGAUUUUUUUCUUGAUGUAUUUUAAUUUUUGACUGCUUGGGAAACCUCAAGUGUCUGAUCCUUGAAAAUGCAUUUUUUGUUUUAAUUUUGUCUGAUUCUUUAGAAGAGCUUACUCUUUAGUAAGUC